AUGGCGGACGGCACGGUGGGCACGGUGGGCACCGUGGCGAAGCCGGCGCCGGCAACGGCAUUGGAGCUCCUGAAGCCACCCAUCUAUUGGCUCUUCCACAGCUGGCGUUUGUUUGGAUAUAUCGCCCUGCUGCCGCCCAUGUUGGCGUACCAACCCCUGAAGACCUUGGCGUUGCUGGCGGCAUACACCUCCGUGCAUCGCAAAAUUUGGUGGCAGAGAGGAGUUCACAGGAUGUUCCAAUUUGCGGCUGCAAAGACACACCGCUUUGUGAACGAGAAUAAGCAUUUGAUCAAAGAUGACAAGCGCUACCUCUGGUGCUUGCACCCUCAUGGCCUUCUGGCAGAUGGAUGGCAUGCCAUUGUUGCGUGCAAUUUGGAUUCCUUCGAUGACAAUGGCAAUGGUCCUCCAGAUGUUGGUCGGAAGAUCGCACUGUGCUUUGCUCCCAUCAUUCAGCACGUGCCGGUUCAUCAGGAGAUGUACCGAAAUCUCUGCUGCUCUUCCGAUCGACAAUCCAUCGUGAGGUGGUGGAAGACGACAGAGGACACAGAUCCAGCGCUGAUCCCCGGUGGCUUUGCGGAAGCCUGUUUCGCCAGCUCGGCGGAGCGCAAGGUGGAGUAUUCAUACCUUAAAGGGCGAAAAGGCUUCGUGCGAAUCUGCAUCGAGGAGGGCAAGGACAUCGUCCCAGCCUACACCUUUCGUCUCAACUGGAUGUAUCGCACACCUCGAAGUAUGCGUGGAGCUCGUGCCCGGUUGUCUCAACGGAUCUUUGUGGGUUUGAUCCCAUUCUUUGGCUACAUGGGAAGCUCCAUGCCAUUGCACGAGAAGACAACCACUGUCGUCUUCCCUCCCUUUGAAGCCUCCAGUUAUUCGGUGGAUCAGGUGGAUGAGGCGCAUGAAGCCUACAUGGCCCAUUUGAAGAAACACUUUGAUCUCAACAAAGCGAAGUACGGAAUGCGAGAUGUGGAGAUGGUUUUUGUGGGCAACGAUUUCCAAGACGACGACUGGGCAACCCGUGCCUUGCAAAGUCUCGGCAUCAUCAAGAAACUCAAGCAGAACGCCCAGUCGCGGCCGCUGCGGUCCCGUCUCUCUCAGAACCCAUCACAGAAAUCGCCCGUCGCGACGUCACGGUCUGAACUUGCCAUGCUCCGCCAUGGCAUCCGCUGGGCUCGUCCUGGCCGCUGGAGCAGCACGGUGACGCUGCGCUGGGCCGAUGGGGCCUUUCUGCCCAAGUACCUGCGGGAAAACACCAUGGAAGCAUGGGACAACAGCUCGAAGCAACGACUCGACUUUGGCAUUCCCAUGGAUUUGUGCGUCACUGGCAUCUCACUGGAGACUGUGAGCUUGCCAGACUUCUCCGGCCCAGCCUUUCGUCUGCAGUUCUCGGAUGGCCACGUGGGGCACUUCCCGGUGCCGCGGCCACAGCGGAGCAUGUGGUCGCAGGAGCUGCAGCACCAGAAGAAGCGCGUCACCUGGGGCGCGACGGAAGCGUCCAACAUCCAAGAGGAGCUGACCUCUGGUUCUUUGCACUUCAAAUGGCAGGAUUUGCAGUCAGACUCCACCAGAUCUACUGCCAAGCGGUGGAUCGAAGCCAUGCACACGCAUGGGGUGGCGAUGGUUUCAGGAAUGCCGACCGAUGAGAACAUCAUGAAAAGAUUCUCUGAGACGCUGGGUACCUAUGUGCUGCCCAGUGUUUAUGGAGAAACCUUCCAGAUCAAAUCGGUCUGUGAUCCCAACAACUUGGCAUAUUCCAAUUUGGGGCUUCAGAUGCACACGGAUUUGCCCUUCAACGCGCAACCACCUGGCAUUCAACUCUUCUUUUGCAUGCAACAGGCUGAUGAAGGUGGCGAGUCUAUCGCUAUGGAUGGUUUUGCUGCUGCCGAGUCCUUGUACCAGCAGGACCCCCAGGCAUUUGAACUUCUUUGUGAGCAGCCGCUUCUCUUCCAGGAUGUGACCAGCGAGUGGUUCCUCUCAGCCGAGCAUCCAACCUUUGAGCUUAAUGGGGAUAACGCCUCUCCAAUGACUCCGGAGCGUCUCCAUCGCUUGAACUUCAACGAACGAACCAGGGAUUCCUGGCGCCAAUGGAAUCCUGACAACUUGCAACAGACUGCCGAAGUCUACCAGGCAUUGCAAAAGUUUGAACAGUUGGUGGAAGAGCGUUCGCGGUAUGCUUCCCUCCGUUUGAUGCCGGGAGAGAUGAUUUGUACCGACAACUGGCGGGUGAUGCAUUCACGGUCCAGCUUCCUUGGCUCGAGGCACUUCGUGGGUGCCUACUUGGAUUGGGAUGCCGUGCGUGCGCGUUGGCGAACCCUCUCCAGCAUUUUCCAGAGCCAAUGGAAUUCACUUCAGAACUGA